AUGCUGCUCCUCUACUUUCUAUCACUCCUCGUGGACUUCUGCCUGGCCCAGCAGCCGCAGUCUGAGAAGCUCGAAGGCUGGCAGUUUGACGACAACAGCCGAUCCAGCUGGGACAUUUUCUGGACGUGUCUGUCGACGAUUUUUGCCUGCACCUGGACGGCAAUCCAUCUCCAUGUGCCGCAGAGAACGUCUACCAAGCAUGGCAACGACAGGGUGAAAUUUUUGGCGUGGCUGGCCUGUCUGCUGGCCCCGGAAUUCAUGACCAUGUAUGCCGCCGUGGACUUCUAUUACGCGCGUUCCAUCACGCGGAAAUGCAACCAGGCAUUUGCUGCAAAGGACGAAGAGAAGCAUGAGCUGCAGGCGGAACCAAAGACAGGGCAGCCGUCGGACACGGAGAUCGAAGCUGACGAGCCUGAACCCCAGAAUCCCCGUCCCUGGGGCCUGACACAAGGCUUCUCUAUUCAGAUGGAUGGUCUGCAGUUCCACACAACCGACAAUUGGGAUUAUGCUGUGACCACCAGGAACGUGGCAUCGCUGAUUGAGGCCGGCCUCCUUCAGCCGCACCAUCUCAAGAGGGAGGAGAUUGAAGACCGGGCCAAGGCGGAUGCAUUGGCCAAGCUCUUCGCGGUUCUGCAGAGCGGCUGGGUGAUGAUCAAUAUCCUCGCCAGAGCAGCGUACCAUCUGCCUAUCUCACCCCUCGAGAUUGCUACUGUUGCGUACGUCGUCUGCGCUGCGUUUAGCUACGGCCUGUGGUGGUAUAUGCCCCGGGAUGUACGAACGCGAAUCACGAUUGAACUGCCAUAUGCACGCGAGGGCGAGGAAAUGCCCGAACCUGUCCGAAGAGCGUUGGAUAACUACGAGCAGUCUUGGUUUCGCUCAGGUCGGAUCGAUUUCACGAUGGCAGAUUUCCGUGAAGCUGUCGACACCUCGUUCCCGUCAAAGCGACAUUCCCUUUGGUCUCGCGAGUGUGGCGAUGGCUCUCUGGUGAGAUUCAGUGCGCGCGAUGAAGCCAUGUUGACCAUGUGGGGAGUACUGGCCAUGCAUGUUUUCUGCGGCAUUCACAUUGCAGCAUUAAAAGUCUUCGCUAACCCUGUCACCCGGCUGCAUAGUUGGAAUUUCACCUUUCCUACCGCUGCAGAGAGAAUUGCGUGGAGAGUCUUCUCCCUCCUCUCAGUCGGCGGCAUCUGGGGACCGAUUAUCAUUGGGACAGUGCCGUUGGCUGUGGCCUGGCUUGCAUCAGGACGCGAAAUAUCUGCUCCGGGGCUGAAAAGCUUUAUUGACCCGGAAGGUCGGCGGACGAUCUUUGAGGAAGUGGUGUUUAACGGAGGCUAUGUGAUAUACGCCCUUGCAAGGCUGGGGAUGUUGGUUCUGGUGUUGACAUCCAUGCGAGCGCUUCCAGCAGGAUCAUUCGUUGGCAUUGACUGGCUUUCAAGCAUACCGCAUAUUUAG